GUAGCAAAAUCGGAGGCCAAAAUACACCGCGAUCUUUCCCGUGUUUCUCCCAACCAAGCGACGAAUCCCUACUAACGAAACCAUUCCUGCCAGCCAUCCCCUGCCAACAUCAUCCCCGUCCACGUCUUCAGGAGGUGAGAGAUUCUUCCCAAGGCUUCGAAGAAGGGCCGACUGAAGCACUCCGGCAACAAUGCAGAAGAAGAGGUCAGCUGUGUGGAGGCAUUUCCAAGAGGUUGGGGAAAACAAGGUGAUGUGUCGUACUUGCCACAAGCACCUUACCAAGCACGGAAACACCUCCAUGAUGCUGCGUCAUCUACGAGGCAAGCACCCUGAACUGACACACUGCCUGCUGGAAGCCGAUGGAUCAACAGCAACGGGAGAGGGCGUUUCAUGGCAAAUAGAAGAGCAGCCUGUGGAGGAAGUGGUUGAAGCCAUCCCCAUCUUUGAGGGCCAAGGUUUGAAAAAGAAAAGGUCUACAGUUUGGAGGCAUUUUGCAGAGGAGGGCACUGAUAAGGUCAGCUGCCGCAUCUGCCAAGAAAAGUUGGCCAAGCACGGAAACACAUCCUCGAUGCUGCGCCACUUGCGAGGGAAGCACCCACAGCUCAAGCUUGGGGAGCUGCAAGGUGAUGGAAACAGGAAAUGCAAUCGCCUUCACUUAAAGGCAAGUAACACAGAAUCGCGCUUCCUGGCAGUGUGUGAACGCUUGUUGCAGCACAACCAGCUCACAGACUGCACCCUCAUGGCAGAUGGCCAGUUUGUUCAAGCCCAUCGAUUGGUUCUGGCUACUUGCAGCGAUAGCUUUGAAGAACUAUUCAAGACAGUAACCCAUGCUAAUCCUGUGGUAGUUCUAAGAGACAUCACAAUCCAGGAACUUCGUGGCAUUCUCAAUUACAUGUAUAAAGGAGAGACUCUGGUCAAAUCACAUGAGCUUCCAGGCCUUCUCAAAGCAGCUGCACAAUUGAAGAUUAGAGGCCUAAGUCAAGUGGGACUGUCUGACUCAUGGAUGGACGAUUCAAGGGCAGGCCUAGACCAGGAGCACCACAUGACAGCCACUGGGGCCACAAAGCAGGAUCUCACUUUCUACGACCCAGAUUUGGAGGAUGAGGAUGAGGAUGACCUUGAUGAGGAGGAGGAAGACCACAGAUUGGAUCAUUCAGGACAAAGAAAAAGAAAUGCCCAGACUUAUGAGCUUAUGGCGGUGUGUGAGGACGUGGACCUGGACAGCAGCCACCGAAGUAGUAUGUCACAACAGGACGAAGUUCAGCAACUCAAGAGAGUUCAGAUCAAGCUGGAAACAGGCACAGGCGAAAGUGACUCGGAGGAUCAAGACGUGGAUCUUCAACAGCAAGAGGAUGACGACAACAACGUUUCCCACUUCAUCCCCAUGCAGGAAGAGGUCAUCAUCCACCAAGAGGCCAUGGAGAUGCAUGAGGGGGACGAUGACGAGCAAAGCCCCAACCAGGCUGUAAGCAUUGUCGGUGAAGACCCUUUGGCCCAGGCUGUCAAGGAUGACGAAGGUAUGAUAUUGCUUGGCUUGACGGAAGGCGAGUCACAAAAUCGCAUUUACACUACAGCCAGCUCUUCACUUGAGGCUUCCACAUCACGUUCUACACGACCAGAACCACCUCGAAGGGCACGGAAAUUUGCCAAACAGGAUCUUGUUACAGCACUGAACUUGGUACAUGAUGGUCACCUUGGCAUCAAGCCCGCAGCCAAAGCCUUCAACAUACCUAUUGCUACCCUGUACAACGCUAGCAAGAGGCAAGCCACAAAUGCCAUUGAGCAACAAACUACUGUGUUUAGGAAGAAACAGCUAUAGAUAUAGGAGAAUUGUGGGAAGCAAGUAAGAUGAGUUUAAAUACAGCAGGGUACAUAAGAGUAUUAGUCUUUUUUCUUUUUUUUUUUUUUUCUUUCUUUCU